GUCGGCUACCGGGCAUCGUCAGCCCGGUAGCCGACAGCUUUUUAAAAAAAAAAAAAUUUCCGCUGUAGCAGUGUCAAAAGUAAAAAAAAAAAUAUUUGAUGAAGUUUGGGUGGUCCGGCACCAAUAGAUAUUUGUACUAGAAGCUUGUCGGAUCGGUAUAUGUCCGAAUUUUUUUUUUUCUCGACCAUAAUCUGAGUAAUUCGCCCCAUUUUUCAAGCUCAAAAGUUUUCCGUAUCCAUUUCGCUAAAAUGAAUUGCUCUGCCCGACUAUCUAAAUCUAUUCGAGGUUUCUACUGCUCCAGUGUUAGAUUCGAUACUGUUCCCUGCAUCCAUUUCCUCCAUUUUCGUCAAUAUGCUCCACCUACCUAUGUCAACUUCAGGUUGAAGAAUUCUGUAACAUUGAAAUUACUUCCUACGUGUGCAUCAAAGACAAAUUCCUCAGAAGGAUCUGAUAGGAAGAAUGGCGAAACUGCCCAAGGCCCUCCAUUCCUGACCAUUUUGGCUGGUUUCCUUGUAUUUUUCGUUCUAUGUUGGAUCAUUGGAUCUAUUGUACUGUGGCUCAUUGGUCUAUCUGUCCGUGCACCUCCAUCCAAAUGACAUCAAAUUUGUACUCUCUGUAGGCAACUUUGUUCAAUAGCUAGGUUCACUUUUCUUGACCAUCGCAUGUGGAAUCCAAUAUGUUCUAUUUCCAAGCAUGAAAUCAUAGAAUCCCUUUAACAAGCUGUUCAUAUUCGCAAAGUGUAAUGCAAUUCACUCUGGAGACUUUGGCUGG